AUGAUUUCUCCAGUGAUAGCGGAGAUUAAAUUACAAGAUCUUUUGGAUCACACAGCUUCCAGAAUAUUGCUGGUUCAAGAGGAUGUAUUUGACCAAAUUUCGUUGGACAAUAUUUCCCAAGAAUUAAAUCUAAUAUUAAAGUGGGGCUGCGAUGGCAGUACGGGGCAUAGUCAGUAUAAGCAAGUAUUACCUGAGGGUUUCAGUGACUCUGACAUUUUUAUUACUUCACUUGUGCCCCUACAAUUAAGUGGUAAAAAUACAGAUAGGUCGGAGUCUGUUUUAUGGCAAAAUCCUCGACCGUCUCCUGUAAGAUACUGCAGACCGAUAAAAAUUCAGUUCAAGAAAGAAGCUGCAGAACUUUCCCAAGAAGAAAUUCGUUGUAUCGAAGAACAAAUUAAAAAUCUGAUACCAUAUGAAGUGAAUAUUAAAGGAAAACUAUUUUCAGUAAAGUUUUUCGAGUGCCUGUUGCAUGUUUCCUAUCGAUUACCAUUACCAUGGCAGGCCCGAGGAAGUGAUAAAGACAUGUUAAAGGCUAGGAAAAUGAAAGUUCAGCAGCAGCUGAGGCAAGAACUAGGACUACUAGUCGACCAAGUGAAACCUGGAGGAAGCGGAACAACAAAUGACGGUAACACAGCAAGCAAAUUUUUUAAAUACCCAGAUAUUGCUGCCCGUAUAACUGGUAUUAAUUACAGUUUAAUUAAACGUUUUGAAACAAUUCUACAAGCAUUGUCAUCGGGAUACAAGAAUGAUAUUAAAAACUUUGAUCGCUAUGCAAAAGAUACAGCCCGUUUGUUUAUACAAGAGUAUUCAUGGUUUUAUAUGCCUGUGAGUAUGCACAAAAUUUUAAUUCAUGGUUCUUCUAUAAUUGACCAUGCAAUUUUGCCAAUCGGACAACUGUCUGAGGAGACACAAGAAUGCACAAACAAGGAACUUAAAAUGUUUCGAAGAGGUCAUACUAGGAGAACAUCCAGAGAAAAUACAGUAGAAGAUUUAUUGAACUGCCUUCUUGUUUCUUCAGAUCCCUUUAUUACUAGCUUGCGAAAAUUGCAUAAAAAACAGAGUGGCCAUCUCAGUAAAGAAGUUUUAGACGUGCUUUGUGCUCCUGAAGAAGUCGGCUCCGCUUCAGAAGAUAUAGAACAAAGUGUGCGACAAAUAUUAUCUUCUAAUAAUAAUAGUUCUACUGACAGUGACUAA